AUGGAUAUAUAUAAAUAGAUUAAUAUCAUUUUGAAUGAAGCUGAAAUAUAAGAGAAUAUGAAGGAUUUCUAAUUAGUAUAACAUGUUUUAGCGUUUUCUGAUAAUACAUUUUAAUAUAGAAUAAUUUAAUAAAAAGAUACAGGAAAUAACAAAAUAUGCUCAGCAACUUUAAUUAAUAAUACUUUAUAUUAUUAAUGUUUUGAUUGUUGUAAAGAGCCUAAUCAUGUUUAUUUUUAAGAAUGCUUUAUACCAGAAAAACAUAAAAGUAUUAUUAUAUUUCUUUUUACAUUAGAUCAUGCAGUGACAUAUGAUUAUUUAAAAUUUGGAUUUUAUGGUUGUGGAGAUAUAUUGAUAAUGAAGAAAAAAUCACUUUGUAAUAAACAUUCGCAAAUUCAAAAUGAAAUUACAAUUCCUGAGAAAUUAUUUGGGUGUAAGAAUUUAUACAAUCAAUCUAGUAAAUGUGAUAGAAAGAUUUUGA